CUCCACGAUCGGUUACACUUCCCCCCUGCAUCCCAUGCACUCCAUGCAGCAUCGGCCCAGAGGUCAAAAUGCGGGGUUGCAUGGUUUGUUCCGAUCGUUGUGCCGGCCUUUCUCGACGGAUGACCACAACGUUGAAUACGAGAGAGGCAGUCGGCAAAGGCGUAUAGACUGCAACCACCAGACGACAUUUAGCAGAAACAGAAACCAACACGUAGCUUCCGCACAGCAAAGGGUUUUCCUUGUAAACGCGCUGCCACCUUGUCAAGACGCGUAUUUUGUCCUUCUUUGACUCUUCUGCAGCUUGUCAGGAUAUUUUUUUUUGUGCCCGCUGCACGCUUGGUCGCUUUAAUCCGACGGCUUUUUUCGGGAUUCCGCGUCCAUGGUCUCCUGAUACGCGUAUGGGCGAUCGGCUCUGUCAUCUUGUUUUGGCAAUUUAGAUUCAAACUGCACACGAACGGCAUCUUCGAGCCAUCUCAUCAUGUUUCAUACUUUCCAAUCUGCUGCGGGGCAGCGACCAGCAGGCGCAGAGGUGGAUGGUACGGGGAAGCCUUCAAGAUCGACGUCACGACGGAUAUCCACAAGUAACGCGUGUGUGGAAUGCAGGAGGAGGAAGAUUCGCUGUGAUGGCGCGCAGCCCUGUGGACAGUGUCAGUGGUAUCAGCACCCUGAGGCGUGUGGAUACUCAAAGCCUGCGCAGAGAGUUAUACCCAGCAGAAAGUUGGUAGAUAAACUAUCGAACAACCUCGAUCAGUACAGAACUGUAUUGACGAAGCUGUAUGGAUCGAAAAGCCUCGAGUCCUUGGCUUCUAUGCCUCGAGAAGAACUACUGGAGUUGGCUCUAUGUUCGUCAGUCCCUCAGCAGACGACAUCACCAUCCAUUUCUGAAGGUCCGGCCAUCUCAGAGGCGCACGGAGGCUCCGAUGGCGCUGAAAGCCUCGAAGCCCUCGAGCAAGCUCCACCAGAGGAGAUAUUCUGGGACGAGGCCCGCAAGCACCAAGUCCGCGUUCAAAGGAUUUCCGAUGAUGUCAACGGGCUCUCCAUGUCUGUAGACAAACUCUCGUCCUACGUGGGUAUAUCGUCCAUCACAGCGGCGCUCAAAGUCAUUGUGAGAUGUGCACCGCAAGCACGUCCAUUCAUUGCACUCAGCAGCCAGGAAACAGCACUUCCGAGUCGAGCAAGCUCGCCACCUCCUGAACUUGCAGACGACAAUCCGCUGGCUUUGCCAUCACAGGUACACGGGCAGUUGCUUCUCGAGAGUUACUUCGACCGCGUUCAUCCGUUCUUUCCGCUGAUUGACGAGCGUAAGUUUUGGACCAGCUACCUGUACGGCAACCGGAAAGACUCCCAAUGGCUAGCGCUGCUGAACAUAGUAUUUGCGCUGGGUUCACUUGCUUCACUUACAGCUGAUAACGAAGCACACUAUGUGUAUUUCAACCGCUCACGACAACAUCUGUCGUUGGACUCUUUUGGCAGUGGCAAUCUGGAGGUCCUCCAAGCUCUAGCGAUUAUGAGUGGAUACUAUAUGCACUACCUCAAUCGACCAAACGAGGCCCAUUCGCUUAUGGGUGGUACAUUGCGUAUGGCCACGGCACUGGGUCUACACCGCGAGUACUCGGAACGAAGCGACACAGGCCGUCAAGCUAUGACACUUACCGAGGAAGAGUCAAUUUCGCCCGAACUCCGGCGGCGCAUAUGGUGGAGUCUAUUUUGCCUCGAUGCAUGGGCAUCGACGACGACUGGCAGGCCUUCGCUAGGCAGAAUGGGACCUUCCAUCACAGUCCUAAGACCUGGUACUGCUCCCAACGCGGUUCCUGUGAUUCCGCCGCCGAAUAGCCACCAGUAUAUCGACCAGCUCAAGAUUUUGCCCCUCACGCAUGCUUCUAGUUUCUGCCAGAUUGCUACGAGGAUCCAAGAUCGCCUUGUCGAAUCCCCGUUGUUGUCUUUCCAUGAAACAUCCACGUACGAUGCACAGUUGUUGAGCUGGCAUGAAGAUCUACCAUCCAUUCUGUCUAACCUGGAUGAACCAUGUCCCGAAUUCCUUGGCCGAGUGCGACUCAUCAUGAAGUGGCGUUUCCAGAAUAUCCGUCUCGUGCUUCAUCGACCCGUUCUUCUCACCACUGCUCUGCGGCGAUGUGAAUGGAGUAGUCUGACAGCGGAAGAGAAAAUCACCGUGGGAAAAUGCCGACUAAUCGCCAGCAAAACAAUCGAAGACAUGAGCAAAGAAUGCAUGCCCGACCUGAUCAGCGGCUGGAACGCAGUCUGGCUCUGUUUCCAAGCAUGCAUGGUCCCCCUCGUGUCCCUCUUCAGCGACGCAAGCAUGCCCGACGAAGUAGAAAAAUGGAAGACUAGCAUCGAGACAGCGCUAUGUUUCUUCGAACGCGUCCGCGACUGGAGCAUCGCUGCGAAACGAAGCGGCGACGCGGUCUUGGGCCUGUACCAAGCGUACAAAACGCACGCCUCGACUUGCUCCGCACAGCAGACUCCCGCACUCACAUCCCAACCCUUACCGCAGUUCCAGCCACCACAGGCCGCGUUCCCUAUCCACGCUAUGCCCACGACGCAAGCGGACUUUGCGUACCUCAACCCGCCUAGUCAGGUCCCGUUUGGCUUUGACCCGGCCAUGUCGACAUGGUCGAGCUUCAACGCGAAUGACCCCAUGAUGCUGAAUCACUACUGGGACGACAUGAUGUGGGACACUAAUCUACCGGAUAUGGCGACGGACGUGCCGUAUGGGAUUACUAACGAAUAUGCGUUUGGGGGUGCGGCGCAGGACUCGGGGGCGGGUGGGGCGUAUUGGAUGCAUGGGAAUUGAUGGGGACUUGGGUGUUGGGGUUUGUUUUUAAUGGAUGAGAGGGAGGUAAAAGUUUUGUAUAGUUAUGUAUAUACUCGUAUGAGGUUGUAUGAGUGUGUAGAGCAUAGCAGAGAAGCAUGUUGGUCGUGUAGAUAAAGCGCAUAUGAUAUGUGGAAAAAAUCGAGUGUUGCUGGGAGUGAGGAUAGAUUUGUACGAUACCCUAUGUAUUCAGGUGGAAGAUGGGGAAUUUGUACAGAGCAAAUGUAUGGAGUGUAUAGUUUUAUUGAUGGUACUUGGUC